CUAAGCUAGGGCUGCGAACUGUGAGGGAGAGAGAAGCAGAGAGAUGGCCAGGUGGUGUAUCUUGUUGGUUCUUACUCUAGCUGCGGCCGCCAGUGCCAGAACAGUGCCCAGUGACGCUGGCCUCAAGGACCAGAAGAACUUCCUCACCUACGGAGGCGUUGGUGGCUAUUCAGGACUCGGCAGCAACGGGUUGCCUUUCGGAGGAGUCGGAGCUGGAGUCGGUGGUGGUUUUGGCGGCGGGCUUGGCGGUGGCUCAGGCAUCGGAGGAUUCGGCGGACUGGCCGGUGCCGGAGCUGGGGGUCUAGGAGGUGCUGGCGGUGGUGUUGGCGGUGGGGUUGGUGGCGGAGCUGGUGGCGGUACCGGUGUUCUUCCUUACCCUUGAGAGAGUCGAGAACAUGACUUUAUGUUGUUGCUCCUAGUCUAAUCAUCUUAGCCUCUUACGACUUUAUAUUUUUCGGUUCAGAAAAUAACGGUUGUGUUACGUUGUUCAUGUCGUCGAAGGAUAUCGUUAGGGUUUGUGGAGUGAGAAUAGUUAUAUUUCGUUAAUUUGUAGCGUCAACUUUCGUCUCUGGGUCAUUGCUUAAAUUUUAGGUUUUCAUCUAUGUUUCUUUUGUUGAGUACAAAAGUGACCUUUGCAAGUUAUUAAUUGAUAGUUUAAUAAUACAUAUAUUUCCCGUC